CGAAACUCCACAGAAGGCGUAAGCACUGAUCUUCUUCGAGAGUUACACAGAUGUGGUGACGAGGAAGACGACCAUGAUGGAGAGACAGAAGAGCCCGAAGAGGUUAUUGAUCCGCCUCCAGAGGACCUGGUCCCAAGUCCAGGUAUAGAAUGA